GCGUACAUCAUUGUUUGAAAAAAAAGAACUACCGGCACCUCCCUUUCAGGUAACUUCUACCAUUUUAGGACUCGGGAGCAUCAACAGAGGUUCUUAGCAGCACAUCUCAACACCCAUUGCAACAUGACAGAGUCAGCUGAAGCUGUAGCAGCCGAUGUGAGCAGCAAGCGAAGCGUUACCAUUGAAAUCGGGAAUAUCACCAACAACUACUGCCUCAUCAACCCCAAGGUGUUCCUUGAGAAUGGGGAGACAUACAACCCACCUCAACCCACAGUGCGCCCUCUAAAGACAGAGGUGUGCACCUUCUCCAAGUCCGGCGGCAAAGCAACCGGCAGCAUUGGUGUGCUGACCUACGACCUAUUAGAGAGGUCACAGAACGACUACAUUGAAACUCUGGCCAUCAUGUUCUCGGUCCCGUGGGACUACAACCUGUACAAGAACUGGUUCGCGGUGGGCCUCUACAAGAAGGGCCGCAACUGCGACAAGGAUUUGUUCAAAGAAAUGUACUACGAGAAGAAACAGCAAGAGCAUGGGUUUGCCAGGGAGGAGGCCGUUGGAUCAGGAAUCAAUUAUGUAGGCAACUACUUAGACAUCAAGGCCACAAUGAGUCCCCUGGGCAAUGCCAUCAUGAAGGUGGAGCUGUGGGAUAAGCUUUUCACACCCGCGGGCCAUUAGGCUUACCAGAGACCCCUAACCAGUAUUCCUGUCAUGAGUCCCAGCAGCAUAAUUUAUCCCUCCUCCUGAAGCAGACAACACGCAUGAUUUAACAGAUGUAUUCCAGCUGACAUGUGUCUGUAUACCUGGGUAUUACCCCUCAGUAAAUCUGCUUAAUAUCUGAGUUUAGUUUGUUUAUAAAUCCAGGAGGCAAUAACCCCAUUUUAUAGCCAAAGCCUCUGUCUGUUUUUUAUAGCUUCGGGUUUUAAAAUGGCAUCUUUAGAAAUGAGAAUCAAAGGAUGACUCACCGGAGGACGAGGGCAGAGAGCUUAAUAAAACACACUGAGAGCUUGUCUGUAUUUACCCUGACACUGUAUUUGGAAUAAAAUAAACCUUAUUUUGCUGAAGCUA